AUGGCAAUACCCAAUUAUGCCAUGUCAUGCUUCAAACGGCAUGUUAGCUUAUGCAAGGAGAUUGAGAAGGAUAUUGCAAGAUAUUGGUGGCACAGUAAUAAGGAACAAAAGGGUAUUCACUGGGUUAGUUGGCAAUGGCUGAGCUUGCUGAAAUAUGCUGGUGGUCUAGGAUUCCGUGACUUGAUUUGUUUUAAUUUAGCUAUGUUAGCUAAAAUUGGAUGGCGAAUUGAGCAGCAUCCUGAGUCACUACUUGCGCAUGUUUUACAUGAUAAGUAUCAUUAUGGCUUUAAUUUUUUGGAGGUGGGUUGUAGCAGAGGUUCUUCCUGGGGCUGGAAAAGAAUUCUCCAAGGGCGCAAGGUGCUUGAAGCCAAUUUGAGAUGGAGAAUUGGAAAUGGGGAGACUCUGCGUAUUGGUGAAGAUGGAUGGUUGCCCAAGCCGUACGUUUUUAAGGUUCUCUCUCGACACCCGGAUAUGCCUCAUUGA